AUCGCUUCCCAGUUCCCCCAAACGAAUAAAGCCAAUGCUGAGAAGGUUUCUACAUAAACACUGCCAGUUUGUAGACACAACAAAUCCCUCCCUUGUCUGUAUCCAGAGCACAGCUGAUUUUGCCUCCUCGCCUCUUCCCAUUGGCGGAGCCGUGGAGUCACAUGCUUGGGUAAUCUGCAUUCACAGGCUCAGCGCUCACAAAUCUUCCUGGGACCGCCGAACUCCAAAGGGCAGUAGGGGAUCAAUCAAAUCAUUCCCGAUAAAUCUGCGCUAGUUGGACUACCAAUUCCAGGCAGUGGCCCCAUCUGAAUGCUGACAAUGGAUGGCUCCGUGCGAGCUCUUCACACACUUCUUCGUUUUACUCUGCUGACUUCCGGGCUGGUGCUGGCUGUACCAGGGGAACUUUGUGGAAAAACCCCAUGCCUUAAUGGAGGAACCUGUCUAAAAGAUGCACCGGACAAUCCUUUCUGCCUUUGCCCAGUUGGUUUUACUGGAAUAGAUUGCAACAUAACUGAAAAGGGCCCUUGCGAUCCUAAUCCCUGCCAGAGCAAUGGGGAAUGCCAAGUACUGUCUGAUUCUGGGAGAGGAGACACCUUCGUACAGUAUUUCUGCAAGUGCCUGCCUGGAUAUGAAGGACAGAACUGUGAAAUCAAUAAGAACCAGUGCUACACAAACCCCUGCAAAAAUGGGGGUAUCUGCAAACACCUUGGUAAUGACUUUUCAUGCAAAUGCGCUUCACCAUUCAUAGGGAAAGUAUGCAACAUCCGUUGUGCCAAUGCAUUGGGCAUGGAAGGCAGGGCAAUUGUAGAUGCCCAGAUAAUAUCUUCCUCUCUGUACCACGGCUUCCUUGGUUUACAGCGCUGGGGGCCGAACCUGGCCAGACUCAACAAUAAGGCCAUGGUAAAUGCCUGGACAGCAAACGGCCUUGACCAGCAUCCAUGGAUUCAGGUCAAUCUGCUAAGAGAAAUGAAAGUGUCGGGUAUCAUCACCCAAGGAGCCAGCAGAAUGGGCACUGCUGAAUAUGUCAAAGAGUUUAAGAUGGCAUACAGUGUUGAUGGGCACGUCUUCACCUUCUAUAAAAGUGAAGGGAAGGACAAGCUGUUUCCUGGAAACAUAGACAAUGAUGGAAGGAAGGCAAACCUGUUCAGCCCACCAAUCACUGCGCAGUUCGUCCGUAUAUAUCCCGUGACAUGCCGCGUUGCCUGUACUCUUCGCUUUGAGCUCUAUGGCUGUGAAGCAAGUGUGUAUUUCAACACGGUAGGUUGCUCUGACCCGCUCGGAAUGAAAACACACAUGAUUUCCGAUAAGCAAAUAAAAGCAUCCAGUGUUUUCAAGACCUGGGGCGUAGAUGCCUUUACAUGGUACCCACACUAUGCCCGUUUGGACAAGAUCGGCAAGACCAAUGCUUGGACUGCACUUGAGAAUAACCAAGAACAAUGGUUGCAGAUCGACCUCCGCAUUCCUAAGAAGAUCUCCGGAAUUAUUACACAGGGAGCAAAGGACUUUGGGAAUAUUCAGUAUGUGGAGUCCUUCAAAGUGGCUUACGGUGAUGAUGGCAACACCUGGAAGAUUUACAAAGACAGCAGGACAAAAGCAGAUAAGAUCUUCCUCGGAAACACUGACAACUACUCUCACAAAAAGAACCUCUUUGACAUGCCAUUCUCCGCACGUUUUGUGCGUGUGCUCCCGCAGUCUUGGCACGAGCGAAUCACACUACGAAUGGAACUCCUGGGCUGUGAUGAUUAAAAAUAGGCCGAGAGGUUGCCGACUGCAGUGUCCCAGAAUCCAAAUUCUCUUAUCACUGUCUCCUGUAUUUGAAACACCUGCUGACUACUAAAAUGCCACUUAAUUGUCACCUAAAUCAUCUGGGUUUAGGGGUGGGGUGUCCCUUUUGUGUCCUGUUGACACUCCAGAAAAAUAAGCUAUAGUGGAGUCGUCAUUCAGCCCUCGGUAUAACACGGAGUGUCUCAACUGAAAAGGCAUGCCAAACCAGAGUCAAUGGCACUUCCCAUCAGAGCAAUGAGGGCACAGGCCCUUUGCUAUAGAGGUGCCCUGUAACCAAAAUAAUAUAUUUGUUUGUGUGUUUACAUCAGGAGUGUCAUUUUAUGACCCACCAGUUUUUUGAACUACAACAUCUAGCAUUUACCACAGCACUUUCCUUCGAACAGUGCCGGUUGUAGUUUAACAACAGCUGGUGGGCCAUAUAUUGCACAUCACUGAAAUACUGCAAUUUUUUUCUUAUUUGCUGGCCAUCCAGAAGCCAAUUCCAUACUGUUCUGGGAAUUUUCUUGUGUAAGUUGGGGCCCCCGACCUUGAAUUACUGCUCAGGGCCCAUUUUUCUCUUGCCCUACUUCCUAUACUACCAAUCUCCGCUGAUCAGAACUAUGUAACAACCUUACUGGCCAUUCUAAGAGGGUAAUGUAAUAAAUGGAGCACAGUUUGCUCUGGUCUAGUUACCCAUAGUAACCAGUAAAUGCUACCUGCUGAUAGGUUGAUGAUGGUAACUAGUCAAAGAAUUUGGAUUACUUACAUGUGGGUUGGUUUGCAGCUACCCUCGUGGUGGCUUCCCGACGACUGGACUCCGCUCCAGACAAAAUCACAACAUCCAAAAUGAUAAUAGAUAGACGGGAUCCUUUAACAAUCACGGGUAGUGUUUGAAUAAAAAAAGUCUUUAUUGCCAAGUAUCUUUAAAAACAUAAACAGGUAUCAUCCUAGAGCUCUUUAACUAAACCAUGACUUUUUUUUUUUAUUCAAACACUACCCGUGGUUGUUAAAGGCUCCCGUCUAUCUAUUAUCAUUUUGGAUGUGAUGAUAGUAACUAGAUCUGUAGCAAGCUUUGCACCUUCUAUGUCAUUGCCCUUAAUCACAUGUACUGUGUGAUCCAUGCUAUCCCUUUAUGCACAUUUGUGUUUUGUUUUUUUCGCUUACCAAUUCAGUAUUUGAAAUAUUGACAAUUAAUAUUGUAACCAUUGGGUAUAAAGCUUUCCUAAUUUUGUUUGUAUUUUUUUAAUCAGGUUUAAUGUUAUUUUUGUGAACUUGCACAAUUGUUUUAGCUUAUGAUGUUCUUUGUGCUAAAAAUAUAAAAUUAUGACCAACCUGUGAAA